AUGAGAGAACAAAGAGUUUCAUUCGGCUACAAUCUUGCAAACAUACUGUAUCCAAGAAUGGUAGUCAACAAGGAAACAGCGAUAAUGAGAGAACACUGGGAUCCGAACUUUCCAGACAUUAUGGAUUUGGCAAGCAAAUGCCCUUUGGUUAUGGUCAACAGCAAUGAGCUGUACGAGUUCCCUAGACCAACACUCGCUAAGGUGGUGAACAUUGGUGGACUUGGAGUUGAGCACAAGGAUGCCAAGCCAUUGAAAGAUGUAAGUGCCAUAGCAUG